CCCCCCCCGUGGUGCAGCACCCACGGGCACUCGGUCCCCAAGGGCCCCGCUCAGGGCUGAGUUGGGCAGAGCCGGGAGCAUUUGACCUUAGGAGUUCCUUGGGUGUGUGCACAGUGCACAGCGUGCGGGGCCUCAGUUUCUCUACCUGGGCCAGAAGGGGGCAGUUUCCCUCCCACCUACCCGGGGGCAUCUCUGGCCUGCUGGAUCUCGUGUGUGCACAGUCCAGCAGGGUCCUGGCCUUGGGAGACCCUGAGGUGCCCAGAGGGGGCGAGCAGAAGACACUUGGUAGGAGGUCCAGCCCAGGGAACCGGACCCCUGGGGCACUGGGGAGCCGUAGCCAGCGAGUGAGCCUGGCGAGGAUGCAGACUGUCCCCACGGGUGCCCUGAUGUCCCAGAAAUUGUCUGCAGCUCCCGCUCCAGCCUUUCCUUCCUUUGCCUGUGUCCAGAGCUAAGAAUAGGCACCCCCAGCCUGGCCCCGGCCUUGGCGGAAGCCACAGCCACAGGGGGUACAUCCUGAGCCUGGCCGCCCACAUCCACCCCCAGCUGCAGCCUGCUCCCGGCCUUGAGCGCUGUGUGUGGCCAAGAGCCAUGUGUGGUCUUUGCAUCUCAUCUCUGCCUCAGUUUCCCCAUACAUACCAAGCUCUGUCACCUCCAUUGCAGAAGGGACACAGCCCAGCUGCAUGUCCUUUGAUCAUUGCCUGAUUCUCUAGGCCAGACAUGUCCAGAGGAAGAGGACAGCAGCUACCCCCAUGCCCAUCCCCGACCCACGGGGAGCACGGCCUCAAAGCCUCUUCCACAACUCCACAGGGCAUCACACUCCCACCCAACACUCCUGCCAGACCGGAGGAACGCCACAAAUCCGUCCCACAAACCCCAGGCCUACACCUCUGCCCACAGCGUUGAUUCCCACCAAACUUGGGGACGCCGAGGACUCUGCUCUGGCCCAGCUGCCCUGGCCACAGGAACUGCGGUGGCAAGGGCAGGUCCGGUGGGAGAGAACCCCAGAAAGGAGCUCCACAAUGACCUUGGGGCCGGCGCCUGACCAGAGAAGGGGCAAGUUAGAGUUCAGGGCUGAAUAUGCAUCAGUGAGGAGGCCCCCAGGAGUGAGGCCGGAAGAGGGGGCGGCCCAGAGGGAGGGGGCUUCCUGCUGCUGACAGGAGUCUGGUUGACCCUGGACAGACUGGAACUGGGUGGGUUGGGGUCACGGCCAGGCCAGGCAUCCUGUUCCCCACCAGGAUCUGUCCUGUUCCAGGGUGUGAACCGAGGCAGAGAGGCCCAAGACUGCCUCCUGGCCCAGAUGUCCCCUCGGGCCACAGCUCACAGGACAACACAGCCCCCAGCAGCCCUCAGGGCUUCGUGCGUGAGGCUGCGGGGAAAGGGUCCACGGGACUGCUCCAUUGCUGUGGGGGCAGCCUGGCAUCUGGUCUCCCCCUCUGUGCCCCUCCCCCAUCGCCCCCUCCAGCCCUGUGGCCCCCGAGGCCCCCGGAAGUCCAACCGGCCGCUGCUGCCUUGCCAGGACCAGCCCCAUCUGGCCGGUUCUUCCCACACGGGCCCGGGGUCUCUGGCCUGUCAACAACCAAAGUCUGUCACCCUUGUGCCCUGCCGGGCUCCCACGCUAGCCCGGCACCGGGCCGCGGGGCGAGGCCAGCUCAGGGGGCGGGGCUGUCGAGAGACAGACAGGCAGAAAGACAGAUGGAGACAGGGCGGGGCGGGAGACAGCCUCACUGUCACAUCCCCGAGUCCCGUGCCCCUGGGGGUCCCCAGUGCUAAGCCAUCUACCCAGGGCCUCUGUUGGGGCCUGUCCUCGGCCUGUGACUCGGUUUCCCCAGAGAUCUUUGCUCCCUCCUCUCUCUGCCCGACCUGGGAAAGCACAGAGGCGCUGGCUGCCCUGCUUCUGGGACACCACAGCGACACCUGGUACUGACCCGUGGGUGAGUCCCUCCCCUCCCUAAGGAGACUCCACACCCACUCCCCAGGUGAGCCCGAUGGGGUGGUGACCCCCGCAUCGCCGCAGGCUCGGGCGCCAUGUGGGCCAACGGCAGCUCCCCGGGGCCCUGCUUCCGGCCGAUGAACAUCACGCUGCAGGAGCGGCACCUGAUCGCGUCGCCCUGGUUCGCCGCGUCCUUCUGCGUGCUGGGCCUGGGGUCCAACCUGCUGGCCCUGAGCGUGCUGGCCGGGGCGCCGUCGCCGCGCUCGUCCUUCCUCACCCUGCUGUGCGGCCUGGUCCUCACCGACUUCCUGGGGCUGCUGGUCACCGGGGCCAUCGUGGUGUCGCGGCACGCGGUGCUCUUCGCCUGGCAGGCCGCCGACCCCGGCUGCCGCCUCUGCCACUUCAUGGGGGUGGCCAUGGUGUUCUUCGGGCUGUGCCCGCUGCUCCUGGGCGCCGCCAUGGCCUCGGAGCGCUACGUGGGCAUCACGCGGCCCUUCCGGCGCCCGCCGGCCACGUGGCGCCGCGCCUGGGCCACGGUGGCGCUGGUGUGGCUGGCGGCCCUGGCGCUGGGGCUGCUGCCGCUGCUGGGGCUCGGCCGCUACACCGUGCAGUACCCCGGCUCCUGGUGCUUCCUGACGCUCGGGCCGCGGCGCGGCGACGUGGCCUUCGGCCUGCUGUUCGCGCUGCUGGGCGGCGUGUCCGUGGGCCUGUCCUUCCUGCUCAACACCGUGAGCGUGGCCACGCUCUGCCGCGUCUACCACGGCCGCGAGGCUGCGCGCCAGCGCCCGCGGGACUGCGAGGUGGAGAUGAUGGUGCAGCUGGUGGGCAUCAUGGUGGUGGCCACCGUGUGCUGGAUGCCGCUGCUGGUCUUCAUCGCACAGACCUUGCUGCAGACACCACCCGUCAUGAGCCCCUCCGGGCAGCUGUCACGGGCCACGGAACACCAGCUGCUCAUUUACCUGCGUGUGGCCACAUGGAACCAGAUCUUGGACCCCUGGGUCUACAUCCUGUUUCGCCGGUCGGUGCUUCGACGCCUGCACCCACGGCUCAGUUCCCGGCACCGGGCCCUGUCCCUGCACCCACCCCCAGCCCAGGCCUCACUCAAUGGGCCCUGAAGGACAGUGCCACCCAAACCUCAUGCCCUCGGUGACUGCCACAGGCCCGGGUCCCAUCCCAGGAGCCCGAGUGCUUUGUGGACUAAAGGAGGGGAGCCAUCGACAAAGGGUUGACUCCUCUGAACCCCAAGACACCUCCUUGAUGCGAGGGACGCCCUCCCUGAACGCCCAGACUCCUCCCAGUCCAGGGGGUGCUUGGGUCACAUAUGGGAAGCUGGGGUUACGCUCAGGUCAACCUGAGGAUCCAGGGAACCAGCUGAGACCCGGAGCCCAGAGUGGGGGCGUCCCCAACCUUGCCAAAGCCUGGAUCUGAGACACCUGGCUCGGGGGUCAUCGACCUUGGGUGUUGGAAGCCUCCGUCGGGUCCCCAGGCCAAGUCUGGAGUCACCAACCUCCCCGAUGUUUACUCCGGUGUUUACGAGCCUCCCUCCCCCACAGCUGCCCAAGGCACUCGCUCAAUAAAUGAUUGACCAGC